GGUGAUCCAGGUACAUAAAGACUAAAUGAAAGUGCAGGUCAGAUCUAGAACCAGCGAGCAGAACGGCUGAGAGUCGCACACUGUAAAAUCUGACACGUUGAUCCUACUUUUGAAAAAGGUUGAAGACAUCAUGACUCUUCCAACCCACCGCCAGUGCGACAUUGAGUUAGAGAAUAAGUCUGAGUACAUCCUGUGUAACCCGCAAACGUACACUUACAGUGGAUUUUGUCAGAAACCUCCUCCACCAACACUCAGACCCUCUGAAUCUGGCAGCGCGAUGUUCCACAAGACUCCUUUCUCAGUAUGUGGAUCUGUUGGAGUCCUGACCUACGACCUGCAGAAUGAAUCCACACAGCAAUAUGAUGGAAAACUGGCUGUCAUGUUCUCUGUUCCUUUUGACUACAUGUCCUACCGUAACUGGUUUGGAGUGGGAAUCUUUGACAUGAAUACAAAGUGUGAUUACAGCCUUUUUGAUGAGAUGUAUAACAAACCAGAGACAACGUUUGUCCGACAUCAAGCUAACUUUAAACUGAUUUACAAAGGUAAAGCUGUUACCAUCAGAGCCACCAUGUCAGACAGUAGCAAGGCUGUCAUCAAGGUUGAGGUGUCUGGAAACUGAUCUGAUUAUUAUUAUUCAGUUAUUAAUCAUCAGUCCUGAUUAUGUUACUCUGCAAUGCACCAUUAAUCUCUUUAAUGCUCUACAUUAGCUCGAUAUAUUGUUCUCUAUGUGAAUUUCUGCUGCUGUUUGCUCUGGUGAGAUGUUAAACUGGAUUUUCUUGUACUGAAACUGUGUGUAAUGACAAUAAAGUCGCAUUUUGGCUAAAACUUUA